AAAGACCCUUUGAAUCUUAUGCAUAAUAAUAUGUUGAAUGGUUAAGUUUAAUGAUGAUGAGUUUUGAAGCGUUGUUUCAGCCUAAAGUACGUAGUCUAAAGAGGGAGAUGAGAAAGACUUAGGCAACCAACACGACGGUGUCUUGUUCGUCAAAGUUGCUUACGAUUUGUGGGAGUGACCCCACAAUCCGUGUCCCUUCCCCUGGGUCCUCCUGGGUGAGCUUUGAAUCCAAAACAUAACACCACCGACAUGGGGACCUAACUGUCGAAAUAGGAAUUAGAAAGGUAAGGGUUUGAUGCAUUUGCUGGGUGGGAUCUGGGUUUUGGUUUUCUAAGUGACUCACUGGUGCUCUGGGUUUAAGUUGAGUUACCUCCAACUGGUGGUGAACUGGCCUGCCGCUGCCAUGUUAUCAACAGUUGGCCUAUCGUAGAGUUGGCUAUGGGAAGUUUUCUGUGUUUUGAAGCAAGAGUGGUUUGUUUGGUGAAGUUUGGUGAUUGAUUGUAUAAGCAGCUGGCACUUGAAACUCUAAAAACUUGGGUUUUGUUUUGUUUUUUUUUAAUUUUCGUAGAAUUUCAAUUUGAUCAGCUACAAAUUAGUGGAGUUAUUAGUUUAGAUGAAUCCUGCAUAUCUUUGAAGCUUUCAUUAUAGGAAUCUUCUGAAAUUUUUAUUGUUUAAUGAGACUGAGCGAGUAUGUUGGCAUAUGUGAAUUUAUAGGUAUUCUUAGUGUACCAUCAAUUUGAUUUGGUAAAUUGAAUCGAUGGCAACCACAUCACCACCUCCACAAUCUUCUCCUCCAGCUCCGUCGCCAGCUUCUGCUACCAGUCCACCACCAAGCACUCCUCCUCCGGCUAAUGCUAUUCCGCCACCCUCUCAAUCUCAAUCUCCACCUCCGGAUGUUUCUACAGCUCCACCUCCACUCACCUUGUCACCACCCUCCCCUGCUGAAUCUUCACCUCCACCCCUGCAGGCCUCCCCUCCUCCCCCACCUAUUUCACCCACUUCCCCUCCUUCCACUUCCACUUCUCCACCGCCUUCGCCACCACCAUCAAGCCCGCCACCUAGUCCUCCACCAUCUGCACCCAGGCCAUCACCUCCACCUCCACAAACUCCAUCACCACCUCCACCAACACCAUCUACUCAACCGCCUGUUCCUUCACCACCACCGCCAGCACCGCCGCCGCGAUUGCCACCACCUGUUAGUUCACCGCCACCAUCAUCACAACCUCCCCUUUCAACGCUACCACCAUCACGAUCUCCACCACCAUCACAAACUCCGCCAACAGAACCACCAAAUUCCCCUCCUCCGCCAUCAUCAAUAUCUCCUGCCCCGACAUCUCCCUCUAAGCGUACACCACCCAGUUCUCAACCAACACCUUCACCCUCUAAUUCUACUCCAAGCUCAUCUCCACCACCAUCUAUAUCAAGAUUAUCACCUCCUCCUCCUCCUCAAGUUUUGACUCCACCAACUGAUAAUCGGACUGUAAAUGCUCCUGGUCCAAGUGCACCAGAAAGUUCAGACUCAGGUAAUGAUGGCAUUGGUGUAGGAGGUGCAGUUGCUAUUGGAGUAGCUGUAGGGAUCAUUGUGCUUAGCCUUAUUGGGCUGGCUGUCUGGUGCUUGAGGAGGCAGAAGAAAACGAAGCUUACUCGAGUUAAUGGUGGUUAUGUUAUGCCAUCCCCACUAGGCUCUUCCCCGAGAUCAGAUUCAUCCCCUACAAAGACGCAUUCUUCUGCUCCUCUUAUUGGAAGUAGUUCUGGAAGUGAUUUUGUGCAUUCACCACCGAUGAUGCCGGAACCUGGUGGCUUAGGCAAUUCAAAGACAUGGUUUACAUAUGAAGAAUUAACCAUCGCUACCAAUGGUUUUUCAGACCAAAAUCUUUUGGGUGAAGGUGGAUUUGGGGCUGUUUAUAAAGGUUGCUUACCAGAUGGAAGAGAGGUGGCAGUGAAGCAGCUAAAAAUUGGUGGGGGACAGGGUGAACGAGAAUUUAAAGCAGAGGUUGCUAUUAUUAGUCGUAUACACCAUCGCCAUUUGGUUUCACUUGUCGGUUACUGCAUCUCUGAGAACCGGAGACUGCUCAUAUAUGAUUAUGUCCCUAAUAAUACCCUUUAUUUCCAUCUUCAUAGAGAAGGUAUGCCAGUUUUGGAUUGGGCAACACGUCUUAAAAUUGCUGCUGGUGCAGCUCGUGGGAUAGCUUAUCUCCAUGAAGACUGUCAUCCUCGUAUUAUUCAUAGGGAUAUCAAAUCGUCAAACAUUCUUUUAGAUAACAACUUUGAAGCUCAGGUUUCGGACUUUGGACUUGCCAAGUUAGCUCUGGAUGCAAAUACACAUGUAACAACACGUGUUAUGGGAACUUUUGGAUACAUGGCCCCUGAAUAUGCAUCAAGUGGUAAAUUGACUGAGAAAUCUGAUGUAUUUUCUUUUGGAGUCGUGCUUUUGGAGCUAAUUACUGGACGAAAGCCUGUAGAUGCAUCUCAACCUCUUGGUGAUGAAAGUCUAGUUGAAUGGGCCCGGCCUUUACUGAGUCAUGCACUGGAUAGUGAGGACUUUGGGUAUUUAGCAGAUCCAAAGCUUGGUGGAAACUAUGUUGAAAGUGAAAUGUUUAGGAUGAUCGAGGCUGCCACAGCUUGUGUGCGGCAUUCUGCUGCAAAAAGACCACGGAUGGGACAGAUUGUGAGAGCUUUUGAAAGUUUGGCCACCUCAGAUCUGAGCAAUGGAAUGAAAGUAGGUGAAAGUGAGGUAUUUAACUCAGCACAGCAAUCUGAAGAAAUCAGAUGGUUUCGGAGGAUGGCUUUUGGCAGUCAAAAUUACAGUACAGAUUAUUUUAGCGAAAGUAGCAUUAGCAGGGGUAGUUGAAGAAGAAUAUGAUCGAGUAUUGACCAGGGAUGAGGCUGAGCAAUUGCAGAGCUGCAUGGAUGCCAAUUUGAAUUGGUAUGGCUGCUGGAGUUUUGGUUUUCAGUUGCGGGUCUCUGGAAUUUUACAGCACCAAGAUGUGGAGAUAGUUUUAGACCCUCCAAUAUAUUGUAAGGUGUAACUAGGUCCUGUUAUAGUUUCCAUGAAAUAUCAUUUAUGUAUAUUAUUAUUUGUUUUUUUGGGUUCUCCCCAUUCAGCCAUUUAACUGCUAUUCUUUUGUGUUCUAAAUAGUUGAUGCCAAUUUUGUUCCA